AAACUCAAUUCUCUCUUUCUUUCUUCUCUCUCUAUCUCUUCAUAUAUAUAUAUAGAUAUAUAUAACCAGCAGUUGAUUCAUUACCUACAGAGAGCAAUAUCCAAAUCCAAACAUUCACCAUCGUUCCUAAUCAGGCUCAUCAAGGCAACAUAUAUAUACAUCGAGCAUGGCGGUGGCAGGCAGUGGUGGCGGCGGCACUGAUUUCCCGGCCAAACUCACAAGACAGGUCGUUCUUUGUUCCCUCAUCGCGGCCUUCGGCGGCCUCAUGUUUGGCUACGACAUUGGCAUAUCAGGCGGAGUGACGUCCAUGGAUGAUUUCUUGUUGAAGUUCUUCCCGAUUGUUUACGAGAAGAAGCACAGGGCCAAGGAGAACAACUACUGCAAAUACGAUAACCAGUUCCUCCAACUGUUCACCUCCUCUCUCUACCUGUCGGCGGUCGUCUGCAGCUGGGUCGCCUCCUUUUGCUGCAAGCGAUUUGGGCGGAAGCGCACCAUGCAGAUGGCGGCCGCCUUCUUCUUGGUCGGAGUUGUUCUCAACGCAGCCGCCGUGGAUAUUUACAUGCUCAUCGCCGGACGGAUUUGUCUGGGCGCCGGCAUCGGAUUCGGAAAUCAGGCAGUGCCGCUGUUCAUAUCAGAAAUCGCUCCGGCAAGGUACCGUGGAGGUCUUAACGUCUGCUUCCAGAUGCUGAUCACAAUCGGCAUUCUGAUCGCAAAUGUCGUGAACUACUUCACCUCCAACAUACACCCUUACGGCUGGAGAAUAUCCCUCGGCGGUGCUGGAUUUCCGGCCAUUUUCCUCGGCUUGGGGUCUCUCCUCAUCGUCGAGACUCCCACCAGCCUUAUAGAGCGCGGCAAGAGGGAAGAAGGCCUCAGGGCUCUGAAGACGACGAGGGGCGUAGAGGACGUGGAGAAAGAGUAUGAGGAAAUAGUUAGAGCCACUGAGAAUGCCAAGAAGGUUAAGCAUCCCUUCAGGAACCUGAUCAUGAAGCGAUCGAGCUGGCCUCAGCUGUUCUGUGGGACUAUACUGCAGGUGUUCCAGCAGUUCACUGGGAUCAAUGUCAUCAUGUUUUAUGCUCCUGUGCUGUUUCAAACGAUGGGUCUGGGAGGAGAUGCGUCGUUGCUGUCGGCGGUCAUCACUGGCUCCAUCAACGUUGCUUCCACAAUGGUUGCGGUGUUUGGGGUUGAUAAAUUUGGAAGAAGGAAGUUGCUCAUACAAGCUGCUGUUCAAAUGCUUAUUUCUCAGGUUUUUGUAGGAGUGAUUCUUGCAAAGCAUCUGAAGACAACAAAUGCUAUUCCAAUGCCAUUCGCCUACUUGACGCUGUUCCUUAUCUGCGUAUACGUUAUGGGGUUCGCAUGGUCAUGGGGUCCCUUAGGGUGGUUGAUUCCGAGCGAGAUAUUCCCUUUGGAAACGCGACCGGCCGGAUUCUUCUUUGCCGUCAGCACCAACAUGAUAUGCACCUUCAUCAUAGCUCAGGCAUUCCUAACGAUGCUGUGCCAGAUGAGAUCCGGCAUCUUCUUCUUCUUUGCGGCCUGGAUCAUCGUAAUGGGCAGCUUUGCUCUGUUCUUGCUGCCGGAAACAAAGGGAGUUCCCAUUGAUGAAAUGAAUGAACGAGUCUGGAAGAAACACUGGUUUUGGCGAAGGUUCUUCAGAAAUGAAGAUGAGGAACAAGCCAAGUGUUGAGGAAGAUCAAGCUAGCUGCCUCAUACAAACUUAAUUAGC